GUAUUGGUGUCAAGAACCAAUCACAUUAACCCACUACUUAGCUAGCUAUAGGUUAUGUAGUGUAAUAAUAAUGCUCGACCAUUCGAUUUUUGACAUCCGCCCAAAACCAAGUCAACAAAGAAAAAAUUUUCCAUCACGUAACUACCAUUCAAUAAUUCCACAUAUUAAACACAAAUGCAUCAUUUGUCUAAGUAACUUAACUAUGAGGAUAGAUAGAUAGAUAGUGGUCGAAUUCCAAUCAGAUCGUCGGGUUUGUACACACGAUCCAAAAAACACGACCAUUUAUCUUGUGCUUUAAUUAUCAACAGUUAGUAUUGGGCGUCUCAUGGAGAUUCGUACACAGGAUCACUUCACCAAACUAUCUCAGAUAUCAUGUCAAGAUAAACCAACCGAUUUGUUGGGAAAAUAUUUGAUUAUGAAUCGUAUAUCGCUCUCCCUUACAAAAUUAGCCGCGCCGGUGUUGCAUGAGGACCGCUAGCUCUAACGUACGGCAGAUGGUAAUUGACGGCGGUAUAAGUAAGUAAGUUAACGUAAUCAAUCAUGCCAUUGCCAUGGAAGAAAAGAUCAAAGAUCCACCAUAGCAAGUUGCCUCUUCCUCAUUGGACGACGAGUAAAUCCCAAAUACACGACGAAUGGUUGUUUCCCAAAAUCAAAUGUUCGCCACUGUUGGGAAAGAGACACUACAAGGAAUGAAGCUUCCUAGAGAUUUGGCAUCUUUCUUUCACAAUGCUCCACGAACGUUCCUAGCUACAGUGUACUGUUGCUUUAAAAACCGGCUGGGAGCAAAAUUACUGUAUCACAAAAUAUGACGAACCUUUGCAAACUUCAAAUCCGUGAAUCAACUUUCGUAUGUAAAUUUAAAAAAUACCAGACGUACGCGUGACAAUGAAAUCUACGAAUUAGUUGGAUUUGGUCGUUCAAAGAACUACGGCAAAAAAAAUAUGUAUGAUUUGAGUCUCACAAACAAACAAGUUUCAAAGGAAUAUAAGGAGGUAGAGUUUUAUUAUUGCGACAGUAGCACUGGUCUCUGCCGCCUUCCGUCGUCAAAUUUGCACCUUGCAGAGAGUUCUUUUCUUCUAUAUGCGGCGAGUGUUCAAAGGGCCUUUCACGCAUAUGUCAAAAUUAAUGAAGAAAUUUCGUAUGAAUCUAUACAUUAGGGGGAAAAUGGCAAUUAAUUUAUUACAUAGAUCCAACCUAACAUACCAGCCGCCAAAUAAUAAUGCACCUAAUUUAAUACCAGAAGAUCCUCAGGUGCUCAAAUAUUAUCCACAUGAAGAUCAACAGCAUUUUAAGAUAAACAUCGUCAAAAUUCGUAAUGACUGUAAGAAUCUUUGCGUUCACGAGGCAACGACUUCGCGAAUGAAAUGUAGUGUGUAUCGAUGGGAUAAAUAUUACCAGUAAAUUUUAUUUUUCUAAAUGAAUUAGGAAUGAAUAAAAUGAAUGAUCCACUAGAAAAAAAAAAGGAAAUUAUAUUAAAACAAGGAAGGUACAAAUUGGGCACUCCAACCUCUCUAUCUAACAUUGGGUGCCAGAAAAUUCGUUUUUUGAAAAUGCCAACCUCUAUCCAAAUUCCAAAGGCAAUUUUUGUAUAUAUAUAGAUUGUGAAUAAGCUUUUACACAUUCAUUUCCCUUGCAAAUUCUAUUCCUUUCUUCUUUCUCUUCCUCCGCCGUCACUAAAAAAAAAAAAAAAAAAAAAAAACAAUACCAAGGAAAAUGAGCGGCCACUCCGGCAACGACGACCCCAAAGCUCCCCUCCUCGCGGUGGUCGUCCACCCUCCGCCGAACUCCGCCGAACCUCACGACGCCGGACCUGCCGGACCGGCCACGUGUCAGUCCCUGAUUUCCUGCCUGCUGACUCCCAACAGCUUCUACAUCCUGCUGGGCCCACUCCUGUGCGCCAUGAUCUGCCUGCUGGUGAAGCUGCAGCCGGGGGACGGCGGCGGCGGCAGCUCCUCUUCGUCGUCGGCCGCGGCGACCAGCCGGAACAUGCUGGCGGUGCUGGCCUGGAUGUUCGCCUGGUGGCUGACGGAGGCCGUCCCCAUGCCCAUCACCUCCAUGGCGCCGCUCUUCCUCUUCCCGCUCUUCGGCAUCGCCGCCGCCGAUGACGUGGCCUCCUCGUACAUGGAUGACGUCAUCGCCCUGGUGUUGGGGAGCUUCAUCCUCGCCCUCGCCGUCGAGCAUUACAACAUUCACCGCCGGCUGGCCUUGAAUAUAACGUUGCUAUUCUGCGGGGACCCACUGAACCCGCCGCUCCUCCUCCUCGGGAUAUGCGCCACCACCGCGUUCAUCAGCAUGUGGAUGCACAACGUGGCGGCGGCGGUCAUGAUGAUGCCGGUGGCCACCGGGAUCCUCCAGCGCCUGCCGGAGUCCGGACCGGGGCAGUCGCCGGUGGUGAGCAAGUUCUGCCGGGCGGUGGUGCUGGGGGUGAUCUACUCCGCCGCCGUGGGAGGGAUGAGCACGCUGACGGGGACAGGUGUCAACCUGAUAUUGGUCGGGAUGUGGAAGAGCUACUUCCCGGAGGCGGACCCCAUCAGCUUCAGCACGUGGCUGUUCUUCGGCGUCCCGUUGGCCUUGGUCAUUUUUCUGUUCUUGUGGGCCAUUCUCUGCUUGUUGUACUGCCCGAAGGGGUCCGGCCCAAUUCUCUCGGCUUACUUGGAUAAAGCCCAUCUUAAAAGAGAACUUACGCUCUUGGGUCCAAUGGCGUUUGCAGAGAAGAUGGUUUUAACUGUGUUUGGGAUGUUGAUUGCAUUAUGGAUGACUAGAAGCAUAACGGAUGACAUUCCCGGCUGGGGAGUCCUCUUCAAUGAUCGUGCUGGCGAUGGAACUGUCAGUGUCAUGAUGGCAACGCUGCUCUUCAUAAUCCCGAGCAACAAGAACAAGGGCGAGAAGCUGAUGGACUGGUCGAAAUGCAAGAAGCUCCCGUGGAACAUAGUCCUCCUCCUCGGGGCAGGAUUCGCCAUCGCCGAUGGGGUUCGAACCAGCGGGCUAGCUGAGAUUCUGACCAAAUCUCUCGACUUCCUCGAGCAAGCCCCGUACUGGGCGAUCGCGCCGCUCGUGUCCCUGAUCGGGGCGUUCAUCACUGAAUUCACCUCCAACAAUGCCACGACCACUCUUUUGGUCCCUCUGCUCAUCCAGAUCGCCAAGACUAUGCAUGUUCAUCCACUGCUUCUGAUGAUCCCUGGCGCCAUUGGAGCUCAAUUUGCGUUCUUGCUCCCCACGGGAACACCUUCCAACAUCGUUGGGUUCACCACCGGCCAUAUUGAGAUCAAGGACAUGAUCAAAGUUGGGAUCCCACUGAAGAUUACUGGGAUUGUUGCUCUCUCCAUUUUAAUGCCUGCCCUUGGAACAUGGGUCUUUGGGAUACAUGGAGAAAUCUAAUAGGUGUUGGAGGAGAGUCUUUUGAUAUGAUAGUUUGUAUAGAGAGUGGAUGAAGGGCAAAAAAAUUGCUCUUGUUAGGGUUCAUUAAUGGUUUAUUGCUUUGUGUACCUUUUUUACUUGUUGUAAUUAAUUUUUGCCUUCUCAAGUUUAUAGGUGAAGACAUUGUUACAAUAUAUAUACAUUUGUUUAUUUCUUCAAUUGGUUUUAAAAUAGGAUUAUAAUUGCUAGGACAAGGACUUAGAUGUUUUGGAACCAUCAUAAGAAAAACUACACUUGAUAUUAUAGCAACAACCAAACAUUAAUUCUAUUUUGGAGUUCACAUAACAUGACAUAUAUUUCCUCUUUAAUUUUAGAAGGCAGAGCAAGAAACAAUACUCGAUUGUAUGGUCAGAUCGAAAAUCUUAAGGUCCCUAAAAUCGUACUCGAUUGUAUGGUUUCACAAUCCUUGAGUUAGAGUAAAAGAUUUUUGUUAAG